AUGAUGGGCUCCGUGCUCCCGGCUGAGGCCCUGGUGCUCAAGACCGGGCUGAAGACGCCGGGGCUGGCGCUGGCCGAGGUCAUCACCUCCGACAUCCUGCACAGCUUCCUGUACGGCCGCUGGCGCAACGUGCUGGGCGAGCAGCUCUUCGAGGACAAGGGCCACCACGCGAGCCCCAAGACGGCCUUCACCGCCGAGGUGCUGGCGCAGUCCUUCUCUGGCGAGGUGCAGAAGCUGUCCAGCCUGGUGCUGCCGGCGGAGGUGAUCAUCGCGCAGAGUUCCAUCCCCGGCGAGGGCCUCGGGAUCUUCUCCAAGACGUGGAUCAAGGCGGGCACCGAGAUGGGCCCUUUCACCGGCCGCGUCAUCGCCCCAGAGCACGUGGACAUCUGCAAGAAUAACAACCUCAUGUGGGAGGUCUUCAAUGAGGAUGGCACAGUCCGUUACUUUAUUGAUGCCAGCCAGGAGGACCACCGGAGCUGGAUGACUUACAUCAAGUGCGCACGCAAUGAGCAGGAGCAGAAUCUGGAGGUGGUCCAGAUAGGCACCAGCAUCUUCUACAAGGCCAUCGAGAUGAUCCCUCCGGACCAGGAGCUGCUGGUGUGGUAUGGGAACUCGCACAACACUUUCCUGGGGAUCCCUGGCGUGCCUGGGCUAGAGGAGGAGCAGAAGAAGAACAAGCAUGAGGACUUCCACCCGGCGGACUCGGCGGCGGGCACCGCGGGCCGCAUGCGCUGCGUCAUCUGCCACCGCGGCUUCAACUCGCGCAGCAACCUGCGCUCGCACAUGCGCAUCCACACGCUGGACAAGCCCUUCGUGUGCCGCUUCUGCAACCGCCGCUUCAGCCAGUCGUCCACGCUGCGCAACCACGUGCGCCUGCACACGGGCGAGCGCCCCUACAAGUGCCAGGUGUGCCAGAGCGCCUACUCGCAGCUGGCCGGCCUGCGCGCCCACCAGAAGAGCGCGCGCCACCGGCCACCCAGCGCCGCGCUGCAGGCGCACUCGCCCGCGUUGCCCGCGCCCCACGCGCACGCGCACGCGCCCGCCCUCGCCGCCGCCGCCGCCGCCGCCGCCGCCGCGCACCACCUGCCGGCCAUGGUGCUGUGA